GUCACGUCCGGUGGUUUGGGUCGGCGGGAGAAGGUGCUUCUCGAGUUUUCUGGAAGAUUUGUUAGUGUGACGGGGCCGUCGGGUCAGCCCUGUGCAGGUGUCAGUCCGGCUGCCGCCGAAGUGGACGCCGAGUGAAGCUGCAGAGCCGCCUCCCUUGCAGAACGGGCCAUGUUGUGUUGGGGAAACACGUCGUUCGGACAACUUGGACUGGGUGGCAUCGAUGAGGAGGUCGUUCUAGAACCGAGGACCUGCGAAUUCUUCCAAAGCAGAAGGGUUCAAGAUGUGGGAUGUGGUCGUAGGCAUACUGUUUUUGUGCUGGAUGAUGGCACUGUUUAUACGUGCGGAUGCAAUGAUCAGGGGCAGCUGGGACAUGAAAAAGCAAGAAAACGACCAGAACAAGUUGGCGCUCUGGAUGCUCAGAAUAUCACUGCUGUUUCAUGUGGAGAGAUGCACACACUAGCAUUAAAUGAUAAUGGUCAAGUGUUGGCUUGGGGCCUUGCCAAAGAUGGUCAGUUGGGUUUGGUCACCACAGAAGAAUUUGUUAGAGUUCCCAGGACUCUAAAGGCUUUGGCAGAAGUACAGAUAGCACAGGUGGCCUGUGGUUAUCAUCAUUCUCUUGCUUUGUCAAGAGGAAGUCAAGUUUUCUCAUGGGGACAGAAUAAGAAUGGGCAGCUGGGAUUAGGUCGAGAUAUUGGAAACCAGCCAUCACCGCAGCCAGUUAGAUCUUUAAAUGGUGUUCCUUUUGUUCAGCUUGCAGCAGGUGGAGCGCACAGUUUUGCACUCUCAUUCUCAGGGGCUGUUUUUGGUUGGGGAUCCAACAAAUUUGGCCAACUUGGCCUGAAUGAUGACAUUGACAGAUAUGCUCCUGCCCUGCUGAAAUCCCUACGAACACAGAAGAUUGUUUACAUUUGCUGUGGUGAAGAUCAUACUGCUGCUCUUACAAAGGAAGGUGGAGUGUUUACAUUUGGUGCUGGAGGCUAUGGUCAAUUGGGGCAUAACAGCACAAACCAUGAAAUAAAUCCAAGGAAAGUCUUUGAAUUGAUGGGAUAUGUAAUUACACAAAUUGCCUGUGGAAGGCAGCACACACUAGCAUUUGUUCCAUCCUCUGGAAAGGUAUACUCAUUUGGUCUUGGCGGAAAUGGUCAACUAGGAACUGGUUCUACAAGUAACAGAAAAAGUCCCUCUACAGUGAGAGGAGCCUGGAUUCCUCAUGGUCCCAAUACUCAAAACUACUUUUGUGUGAAAAGUAUUUUUGCUGGAGGAGACCAAAGUUUUGCACAUUAUUGCAGUUUGCAGAAUUCCAUGCCACCAGAUGACUUCAGAUUUCCUAAUCCAUCAAAACACAUACUUACAGUAAACGAAGCGGUCAUCCAGAAAUGGAUGAGCUAUCCUCCAGGAAGGAUUCCUUCAGAUGCAGCUAAUGAAGUUGAUACCGUGUUCUCAUCAGCGGGCUGCCUAAAUGGAAGCUUUCUUGCCUUUAGCAAUGACGAUCACUAUAAAACCAGUACCAAGUUCUCAGGGAUCGACAUGAAUGCAGCUAGAUUACUAUUCCACAGACUCGUACAGUCUGACCAUCCUCGUAUUUGUCAACAGAUAGCAGCCAGUAUGGAGAAAAAUUUAAUUCCAAGACUUUCCAAAUCCCCACCUGAUAUAGAGGCUUUGAGGAUUUAUAUUACUCUUCCAGAGUGCCCUCCCAUGAAUGAUGUCAACAAUUAUGUGACAUUAGCUAUUCCGUUCGCAAUGGCUAUUAUAAAAUUGGAAAAAAUGCCACUGAAAGUACUUGAAAAUUGGUGGGCUGCACUGGAACCUGCUUUCUUUCAGAAGGUUGUGGAACUUUAUAAGGAUGUUGUAGUAUUUCUUCUGAAAUUGGCUGAGGUUGGGAUGCCCAACUCUGAGCAAAUAACAUGGAAUAAUUUUCUAAAAACUUCCCUGGAAGUAUUGGCAAUUCUUCAUAGGGUAAAUGAGAGAGCUGGGCAGAUAAUUCAGUAUGACAAAUUCUAUAUCCAUGAAGUACAAGACUUGAUAGACAUCAGAAAUGACUAUGUAAACUGGCUUCAACACCAAGUAUAUGGAGUAAUGCCGGAUAUGCCGAUUACAAUUUGUACUUAUCCAUUUGUAUUUGAUGCUCAAGCAAAAACCACACUGCUGCAGACCGAUGCCAUCUUACAAAUGCAGAUGGCAGUUGACCAAGCACACAGACAAAACUUUUCAUCCUUUUUCUUGCCUGUGGUCGAUACAGUUAAUCCUUGCCUUGUGCUGAUUGUACGAAGGGACCAUAUUGUUGAAGAUGCUGUGCAAGUAUUGAGAAAAAGCAAAAAUGUUGACUUCAAGAAACCAUUAAAGGUUAUUUUUGUUGGAGAAGAAGCUGUGGAUGCUGGAGGUGUCCGUAAGGAAUUUUUCCUCUUGAUUAUGAGAGAUUUACUGGAUCCUAAGUAUGGCAUGUUUCAAUAUUAUGAGGAAUCUAGGCUCAUCUGGUUUUCAUGUCAGACCUUUGAAGAAAUUGAUUUAUUUCACUUGAUUGGUGUUGUUUGUGGUCUUGCCAUCUACAACUUCACAAUUGUUGAUCUGCACUUUCCAUUGGCUUUAUAUAAGAAACUCCUAAAUCAGAAACCUACUUUCGAUGAUCUGAAGGAAUUGAUGCCUACUGUUGGCAGGAGUAUGCAGCAAUUACUAGAUUACCCAGAAGAGGAUGUGGAAGACAUCUUCUCCCUCAACUUCACAAUUACAGUAGAAAAGUUUGGUCUAACGGAAGUUAAAGAGUUGAUUCCAGGUGGCACCGAUAUUCCAGUUACCAAAGAUAACAGACACGGAUUUGUGGAUGCAUACGUCGAUUAUGUAUUCAACAAGUCAAUUGCUCCAUUAUUUGGUGCUUUCUAUGAAAGCUUUCACAAAGUGUGUGGAGGGAAAGUACUUCAACUCUUCCAGCCUAAUGAAUUGCAGGCAAUGGUUACUGGAAACACAAACUAUGAUUGGAAAGAAUGGGAAAAGAAUACUGAAUAUAAAGGAGAAUAUUGGGCAGAACAUCCUACCAUCAAAUUCUUCUGGGAGGUGUUCCAUGAACUACCUUUGGAAAAGAAGAAGCGUUUUCUGUUGUUUCUAACAGGUAGUGAUCGUAUCCCAAUCCUUGGUAUGAAGAGCCUGAAAUUUAUCAUCCAGCCAACUGGAGGUGGAGAUAAUUACCUUCCAGUGGCACACACCUGUUUUAAUCUUCUGGAUCUGCCAAAAUACACAGACAAGGAGAUCCUUAAAACCAAACUAGUUAAAGCCAUAGAUCAUUAUGAAGGUUUCAGUCUGGUGUAAAAAAAAGAAACUCAAACUACAAUUUUUGACUUUUGAGUUGAAUAAAAGAACCCCUGGAAAGUACAUGUUUGGCAAGAAAUGCUGUGUGAGGACAAAUUGAACUGAACAAAAUACAGUAAAGAGCUUACAAUGUUAAAUUAGCAGCUUGUAUAGAAUCAUGUAUACUGUUAAUCCUACAUAUUAAAAGUACAUUUACAAAUUA